AAAUUAAAAAAAAAAAAUUGGGUUAUUCAGCAGUUUUACAUCUUCUUAACCCAGCUUUGGUACUUCAUAUGUUUCUAGGAAUCUGUCCAUUUCUUCUGUGUUAUCAAGCCUCUGAGAAUAGAGGUUUUUGUGAUAAGUAUUGAUGAUCUUCUGAAUUUUUACAGGGUCUGUAGUGAUUUCACCCUUUUCAUUCUUUAUUGCAUGAAUUUGAGGGGUUUUUUUCCUUUUUAAAAUAAAGUUGGCUAGGGGUUUAUCAAUUUUAUUUAUUCUUUCAAAGAACCAACUUCUUGAUUUAUUGAUUCUUUGUAUUGUUUUCUUAGUCUCUGUUGUGUUGGUUUCUUCUCUGAUGUCUAUAAUUUCCUUCCUUCUUUUGGCUUUUGGGCUUGACUUGCUCUUCUUUUUAUAGAUGUUUGAGGUGUUGCAGCAGGUUAUUUAUUUGUGUUCGUGCUAUUUUCCUGAUGUGGGCAUUCACCGCAAUAAAUUUUCCUCUGUGGAUUGCGGUAAGAUAUAUUUGUAUUUUUGUUUGCUUGUAGAUAUUGUUUAAUUUCCUCUGUGACUCACUGAUUGUCCAGGAGUGUAUUAUUCAAUUUCCAUGUAUUUGUGGGGUUUUGGAGUUUGUUUUGUCAUUAAUUUCUAGUUUUAUGGUGCUAUGAUCCGAUAGCAUGCUUGGGGAUAAUUCAGCUCUUUUGCAUUUACUUAAGCAUGUUCUGUGGGCUAAUAUAUGGUCUGUUUUAGAAAACGUUCCAUGUGCAGCUGAAAAGAAUGUAUAUUCUGAUGUUGUUGGGUGGAAACUCUGUAUACAUCUACUAAGUCCAUUUGUUCACAAGUGUGAUUCAGUUCUGUUAUUUCUGUGCUGAUUUUCUGUCUAGUUGAUCUGUCCCUUUGUGUCAGUGGUGUGUUAAGGUCUUCUGUUAUAACUGUGUUAUUGCUUAUUUGAUCUUUCACUUCUGUUAAUAUUUGUUUUGUACUGCUGGGUGCUCCCGAGUUUAGUGCAUAUAUAUUGAAGAUUGUUAUCUCUUUCUCUUGAAGUUUUCCCCUAACUAGUAUGUAGUGACCAUCUUUAUCUCUUUGGAUCAUGCUUGCAGACAUCUUCUACAAAUAGAAUAGCUACCCUUGCUUUUUGGGGGGACUCUGUUGCAGGGAGUAUUGUUUUCCAUCCUUUGACUUUCAGUCUAUGAGUUUCCUUUGGGUUAGAUGGGUUUCUUGUGUACAAUAUAUAGUUGGAUGUUAUUUCUUGAUCCAUUCUGCCAGUCUGUUUCUCUUAAUUGGUGAAUGGAGGCCAUUUAUACUGUGGUUAUAACUAAUACAUAUUGGUUUUUUUUUUUUUAAUUGGUACAGGAGAUCUAACUCACAACCACCUUCUUGCAAGGCACAUGCGUAUGCCGCUGAGCUAAAUCCCCAGUCCUUUGGUUUGCUUUUGAUGUGUUACCUUUCUGCUGUUCUUUACCUUUCCUCUCUGUUUGUCUGCCUUACUUAGUGGUUUUUUUUUCCUAUGUCUAUCUAGAAUGUCUUUCUUAGCAAGGUUGGUUUGGUGGUCAUGAAGUUCUUCAGCUGUUCCUUGUUAUGGAAGUACCUUAUUUCUCCAUCCAUUUUGAAGGACAGUUUUGCAGGGUACAUCAGUCUGGGUUGGAAGUCAUUUUCCUUUAGAAUCUGAAAUACUUCACUUCAUGCUCUUCUUGACUUCAUUGUUUGUGUUGAGAAGUCUGCUGUGAUUCUGAUAGGCUUUCCUUUAUAGGUGAUCUGUCUCUUCUCUCUAGCAGCUUUUAAUAUUCUGUUCUUAUGUUGGAUUUCUGGAAUGCUGAUUAUCAUAUGUCUGGGUGUAGUUUAUUUUGGUUAUGGUUAUUUGGAGUUCUAUAUGCUUCACUGAUGUAUAGUCAGUUUCCAUUCUCAUGUUUGAGAAAUUUUCAGCUAUUACUUCUGUAAAUAGCCUCUUGAUAUCAUUUGUGUUAUCACCUUUUUCAUUUAUACCUACCAAUCUUCUGCAUCAUCUUGCAGCUGUUGAAUUGUUAUUUCCUGAUUCCUUGUUAUUUUUAAAAGCUCUUUCCUUUCCUGAUCACUAGCUACAAUCUUGUCUUCGAGGUCUGAAAUUCUGUCUUCACUUACAUUGAGGUGUUUUUCUAUGGAAUUUUUGAUUUCCUGUACAUCUUUGAAUCUGCUUCAUGCAUUCUGUUUGUUUCUUAUAUUGUUCAUUCAAGGUUUCCUUGUUUUGGCAUUGUUCCUCUGAUUUUUUAACUGUCGUCUUUAGAUGUGUUCAGCAUUUCUUUCAUUACAUUUAUCAUUGCUUCUUUUACUUGGGAGAUUUUUUUUUUUAAAUCGGUACCAGGGAUCAAACUCACAACUGCCAACUUACAAGGCAGGCACUUAUGUCGCUAAGCUAAAUCCCCAGCUCCCUCCCUUUUUUUUGGAGGGGGGAGAUUAUUUGUGAUCUGAGUUCUUUUAUAGCUUCCUGGAGUUGUUUCUUUUUUCUUUUUUUUUUUUCCUUUUUUUUUUUUUUUUAAUGGGUACCGGGGAUCGAACUCACAACUGCCUGCUUGCAAGGCAGGCGCUUAUGCCACUGAGCUAAAUCCCCAGCCCCUGUUUCUUUACUUUAGUUGUUAUCAUUUCAGAAAUUUUAGGUGUAUGGCUUACAUUAUCUUCUGUGUGCAUGCCUCCUAGGCUUGCUUGGGUUGGGCUAGACGUUUGAAACUGUAUUUUGCUCUUUUGUUUUGUCAUCUUCCUAUAUAUCUAUAUUUUGUCAUUUCCCAUAUUUCUGGUUUUGAGUGAUGUUCCAAAGCUUUGUGCGCUGGGAAUCACCUGGGCAGACUGCACUUUUGGCUCCCUGAGCAGACUGCAGGCAACUGCUAGCUGCUUGGAGGUCACUGGGCAUGGCCCAGGUAGGCCUGUGGGGACCUCCCCUGAGUCCUCCGGUGGUUUGGGACACUGGGCGUGGUCUUAACGAGGUGGGAGACAUGUUCCAAAGCUUUCCCAUGCGCUGGGAUUCAACUCACACACGUUGUUGCUUUUUGAGACAGGUGUGCCAUGUAGCACAAGCUGCCCUUGAAUUCACUGUGUAGCCCAAGCUACACACAGCAGUCCUCCUGCCCCAGCCUCCUGAAUGCUGGGAUUACAGGCAUGCCCCCGCUAUUCCCAGCAGCACUAUUUCUCUUAAUGUAAAAUACACGUGUAUACCUCAGCAUAGGGCAAAAUGUGAUAUACAAACACCAAAAUAUUAGUAGAGAUUUUUCUAUGUGAAUGGAUUUUAGAUGAUUUCAUUAAAAUUUUUCUGAUUCUCAUGCAGCAGCAUACCUUAUGUAUAUAGUUUGUAUUUAAUGGAGUUGGAGGAAGCUUUGCAUGUAAUUAAAGAAUCUGGUCAGGGACUAGUGAGCAAAUGCUCUCACGAUUUUUGCACACAUAAUUGCAUUGAAAAAAGCUGGCUUUUUUUUCUAGACUCAUAAAAAUACUUGCUGAAAUAAGGAUGAUUAGUAUAUUUGGUCCUGAAUAAGCAUGUGCCAUCAUGCUGAAAGGAGAGCUAGUAAGCCUUUGGGUAUUAUUCUGUCCAAAGUAGGGGUCAAACCCUUUUUCUGAUUAACAUCAUCUUACUUCUUUCACUUGCAAUUCUGAAAGGCCAGUUUGCAUCAUCAAUUUUAAUGCUUGGUUUCCUUUUCUUUUCUAUUUAGCUUCUAAGAAACCUGGAAUAUGCUCUAAAUAAGGUGAUAACUUCCUUUUUGAUUGGUGACUGAGAACUGGAAACAAGAUGCAGCUUGCUGGUGGCAGUGCUCAGCAGUGAAGAUCUGCUCAUGUGCAGUUGUCUCGUCCCCAGGAAUCAGAAGACAUGUGUUGUAGUCCCGGUUCUGCUACUUCUCAGUUUACUUGACUUUCCUUGAGUCUGUGUCCUCAUCAGUAAAAAUGAGGCACUUUUUACCAUUUGUGGAAGCUUCCCUGUAAUUCAUUUUUUCCUUACUGCAAUAUUAAGAAUUAUAUCAAAUUGAAAAGAUAUGAAUGAAUAUCCUAAAAAAAGAAAAAGGAAGACUCUACACCCUUCUCGUUAUUCAGAUUCCUCUGGAAUAAACAGAAUUGCAGAUGGAUUCAAUGGAAUUUUUUCUGAUCAUUGUUACAGUGUCUGUUCUAUGAGGCAGCCAGACUUAAAAUAUUUCGAUAAUAAAGAUGAUGAUUCGGAUACUGAGAUAUCAAAUGACCUCCCAAAAUUUGCAGAAGGAAUCAAGGCCAGAAACAGAAAUCAUAACUACCUGGUUCCCAGUCCUGUCCUUAGAAUUCUAGAGCACACUGCUUUUUCUUCAGAAAAAUCUGCUGAUGUUGAAAUUUGUGAUGAAGAGUGUGACUCACCUGAGUCAGUCAACCAGCAGGCUCAUGAGGAGAGUCCUGUGGAAGUCCACGCCGCUGAAGAUGUCCCAAUUGCUGUGGAAGUGCAUGCAAUUUCAGAGGACUAUGACAUAGAGACGGAGAACAACUCCUCAGAAAGCCUCCGAGACCAAGCUGAGGAAGAGCCACCCUCCAAACUUUGUAAAAUUCUUGACAAAAGCCAAGCUUUGAAUGUGACUGCCCAGCAGAAAUGGCCUUUGCUGAGAGCUAAUAGCAGCGGCCUCUAUAAAUGCGAACUUUGUGAAUUCAACAGUAAAUAUUUUUCUGAUUUAAAGCAGCAUAUGAUCCUAAAGCAUAAACGUACUGAUUCAAAUGUGUGCCGGGUAUGCAAGGAAAGUUUCUCCACCAACAUGCUUCUGAUUGAACACGCCAAACUACAUGAAGAGGACCCCUACAUUUGUAAAUACUGUGACUAUAAGACAGUGAUUUUUGAGAACCUCAGCCAGCACAUUGCAGACACCCACUUCAGUGAUCACCUCUACUGGUGUGAGCAGUGUGAUGUGCAGUUCUCCUCAAGCAGUGAGCUCUACCUGCAUUUCCAGGAGCACAGCUGUGAUGAACAGUACUUGUGUCAGUUCUGUGAACACGAAACUAACGAUCCAGAAGACUUGCACAGCCACGUGGUAAACGAGCAUGCAUGUAAAUUAAUAGAAUUAAGUGAUAAGUAUAACAAUGGAGAACAUGGACAGUACAGCCUCUUAAGCAAAAUUACCUUUGACAAAUGUAAAAACUUCUUUGUGUGUCAAGUGUGUGGUUUUCGGAGUAGACUUCAUACAAAUGUUAACAGGCAUGUUGCUAUUGAACACACUAAAAUAUUUCCUCAUGUUUGUGACGACUGUGGGAAAGGCUUUUCAAGUAUGCUAGAGUACUGCAAGCAUUUAAAUUCACAUUUAUCUGAAGGGAUUUAUUUAUGUCAGUAUUGUGAAUAUUCAACAGGACAGAUUGAAGAUCUUAAAAUUCAUUUGGAUUUCAAGCAUUCAGCUGACUUGCCUCAUAAAUGUAGUGACUGCUUGAUGAGGUUUGGAAAUGAAAGGGAAUUAAUAAGCCACCUUCCAGUCCAUGAGACAACUUGAUUAUUUUCUUUAUUUUUACUGACAUUAUGUAAAACAAUAAAUUCAACUUUUUGAAAAUGUUAAAAUGGAUAAUUUUAGACACAACGUACAAGAUUUGCAUUUAACAAAUAGUUUUUAUUGUCCAUUUUUCUUGGCAUUGCUACAUUUUGCAGUAUGUAAUUAUACCUUCAUUGUAGUAUUUUCAACAACUGCAUGGUAGUUCAUAGUUUUAAUUACUUCUAAUGACUAUCAUCCAGUUUAUUGCCUGUACUCCAGUUUCAUGAAUUGCAAAGAAACAGAUGUAUUAAAGAAACUAAUUAAAUUUUUUCUUAACCAUAA